GUUGGAAACGGCGGCAUAUGGCAGCCAUCAAUCGCUAUUGAUUGUGCAUUAACACGCCGUCGUUCGAACGUUCCACACUAAAACACACCUAAAAAACGAUGGCAUAAUGCAUCCCGAGGAGCUGAAAUCGAAAGCAUUCGUACUGGAACCUCAGGUGCAGCAGGAUAGCGGUUUUGUGGGAACGGGACAGGUGCCACCGCAGUAUCUCCAGCAGCAGCAGCAACAGCAACAGCAACUGUUCCAGCAACAGCAGCAGCAGGUCUUUCAGGAACAACAGCAUCUCUUAACACAGUAUCACCAACAGCAGCAUUACCAUCAUCAACAACAGCAGCAACAGCAACAACAACAACAACAGUAUCAACAACAGCAGCAACAUUUUACUCGACAGGCGGCCACUUCCUGCAUGCAGGAAAAGUACAGCGGUGGCAACGCACUUCGUGGACAGCUCCCAAUGGAAUGGGGCGAUAGUUUGGCAACGGAUCGCGUCAUUGCCGGCGGUGGUACCGGAGUCACAUCCGGUUCCUCGAUGACAACCGGCCUUGGCCAUCAUCAUCACAGCACACAAAAUACGUUGCAAAGUUCGGCGGACGUUGUAGUUGGGCCAAAUGCGUUCGUCACGCACGGUUACGGGAAUGAGACGACAUCACAGACACAUCAGCGCCGGAUGAUGAACCAAUCGGUCGGAGUGAAUCAGUAUGCCGGGAACCGGGGUGUUGAUGGAUCGGCAGGUACAUCCGGAGCAUCCUACUUUCACGAUCAGCUCGGUACCCAUGCCCAAACGGUGGUCGGUUCCGCAACAAUGGGACACUUUGUCGGGGUGGAACCAACGAACGCAGGAGGGUACGGAACUGGGGGUGUAGUUUCCGGUGGGAUAGUUUCGGGCGGUGGACGUACCGUUGGUCCAAUGGUAGCGAGUCCCAAUGCUGCCUCACCCCCCGGUGUGCCAGGCAUGGGAGGCGGAAAUGCUUACGGACACACAGCGGGCACUCCGACACAUGUGACUUCUUACAUGCAGCAAGGUUCGCCCAGUGCCAUGCAGAUCGUUGCCCAACAGCAGCAACAGAUGGUACCGGAGCAGCACCGCCGAGCGCAGAUACCGAUGCAUUCGGACUUUACUUCCGGUGCGUCCCGAUCACCUUUUUCGGCGGCCGUUUCACUCCCUUCGUCCAGUCCGUGCAUGGUGGAUGCGGCAGGAGCAGGUGGCGGACAGAUGGCUGCAUGUUCGAAAGCUUCCGACAUGGUCAUGAACAACGAUCCGCUAAAGGUGGCCAACCAGAUGCCCGUUAUUGCUCAGCAACAGGCAAGAGCAUCACAGAUGUACGGUAUGCAGGGAGCUGCCCCGAUGGAAGUUUCCUUGGAGUCUGAGUUCACCUUCCCGGGAGUUGAUCAAAGUCCAGCAGACAAUGUACAACAACAGCAACAGCAACAACAAUCGCUUUCAUUAACAAUGGGCGGUAAUAACGGUCCUGCACCGAUGGUAGCUCGGACGGAUCCUCCAAACGAACGCAUCACACGCUCCGCUACCGCGCACAACCGUGCCGCUGCCCGUCUCGCGGAGGAAGCAUCCGAAGAUUCCGAAGCGCUUGAAGAGGUCGUCCCGGUAGAUCCGCUUGCUACCAACGAUCUGAACGCAGUACUCCAAGCUAACACCGCGGCAAAGUUGAAUUGCAUGCUACCACAAACUAGUGGCGAAGGACAGCAGCUGGCCCCAUCAAUGGGUCUCUCGCAAAUGUCCGACCAGCCACGGAAACGGUCCGUAAAGCAUGUGCGCUUUAUGGAACCGAACGAAGAGAAUUCGUUCGAUGGGAUGCAACCUGCGCGGAUGGUUUCACCGCACCCACUCGGACUUGGCCACCGGAACGAGGAAGAGGGAGAGGAAGAGGAAGAAGAAGAAGAAGAUAUCGAUGGUUUAUCGUUGAUGCAGAAUCUGCCGCCGGUGGAAAGCUUGCUGGUGGAGAUGGACGAACAGCUAGACGAAGAUGACAACGAUGACGAGGAGGUAGAGAUGGAGGACGACGAUGACAAUGGGGGUAGGCGGCGGAUGUCGGGACGCAGGCGGGAACAGCUUUCGAUGCACCGUUCCCGCUCGAAACACAGUGAAUCGAUCGAACUCGAGUUAGAACCGCUGCUGCCGGAAAUCGAAAUGGGCGAAGGCCCCGGCGCUAGUACUGGUGGCGGCGGCGGCACCGACGAAAAGAACGACGACAAUCGGAUUGCACCGGUGGCACACGUCUGUCGGGUUUGUCUGUGCGACGAGAAGGGUGAAGGCGCGGACGGCGAACAACGGUCGAUGGAAUCACUGUACUGUACGGUGGUGCCCGAGUAUCAAUCGCGCAGUCUUUACUCGAUACUGGUUGCUGUCUGCCAUCCGCUGCACCUCGGUAGCAAUGCCGGUAUGCCGGACCGGAUAUGUGGUUCCUGCAAGAAGAAGCUGCUGGCCGCGUACGAGCUGUACGAUAUGUGCCUGCGUAACGAUGAGAUGCUACGCCGCAAGUAUCAGGAGAAGCUGUUGCUUGCAUCGAGCGCUGCUGGUGGCGGUGGCGAAAUGCGUCGCAUCAAGAAGGAAAAGCUGGACAAUAAUGGCGUGGAUGCGAUUGGCGAUGACGACGAUGACGACUAUUACCGUGGAGGUAUCUCCAAGCGGGGUUCAAUGCAAAUGAACGAUCAUGACGACUCUUACCUAUACGAUCGCCAAUAUCCGCUGCAUGCGGCCAGUACCGCACGCAGAAACUCCACCAUCGCAGCCUUGCAAUCGCGUUUCCAGCAGCAGCACCAGCAACAGCAGCAAACGGCCGGCAGAUGGGGCAAAUAUCAUCGGCAACCGCAGCUACAGAGUCAUCUGCGCAUACAUCAGGUCGCAAAUGGUCCGGAAGCGUUGCGUCAACUGCACGAUGGCAGAACGAAGCAAUCGGCCGGUGGACAGGCCGCCCGCUCACCAGCCGCCUUCGAUUACAACUCAUUCCACAGAGUACUGCCAAAUGGGAGCCACCAAUGUACGAAGUGCUUCCGCGAGUUUAAAUACCACAGCUACUACAAGAAUCACUACAUCAGCCAGCACGAUCCCAGCAAACCGUUCAAAUGCCGCAAAUGUCACUACACGUUUCUCACGGAGCGUUGGCUAAUCGUGCACAUGCGCACCCACAUGGCGGCCGGAGACAUGAUGUCGAUUAACAGUGUCGGAACGAUGGGAACGGAUUCCGGAACGAUGGAUUCGCUAGACUCGUCACUGGAGGGCGGAAGCGCAGACCGGCGCAAGGGCGCUAGAGGGUUCGAGUGCUAUUACUGUGACAUGUCGUUCCCGGCGGUAACGCUGCAGAAGCGUCACAUGCUGGCGGUGCAUGCGGAUAAACAUCGCGGGCUAGAAUGUCCGAUCUGUCAGUGUCGUUUUGCGAACCAAUCUAGCUUCCUGUUGCAUUUGCAGGAGCACAAGGAUCAGAAGCGAGUGCGCAAUAGCACGAAACAGGAAGAGGACACUGGUAAGGGAGACGACUCCGGUGCAGGUGCGCAGAUUAAGCGCGAACACAUUUGCACCGUUUGCAACACAUCGUUCACACGUGAGGUCCUGUUGAAUGAGCAUUUGCAGGAGCAGCAUCCGGAAGCUUUCCUGACGCGGCAUAUGGAGCUCGCGUUCAUGUGUGGCGUUUGUUUGAUGGAGUUUAACGAUCGUGCUGCUCUUGAAAGUCACACCAGCAGUACGCACAGUGAGGCCGAACUGGCGGAAGCUGCCACAAAAGACAAACCGGCAGAGGAAACACCGGAAGCGGAAAGCAGUGAAAAUGGAUCGUUGAAUAAUAUCAAAAAAGAGAAAGAAAACGACAUGGAUGAGGCGGACGAUGGUGGCGCUGAUUCGAAGAAGCAAGAUUCGACUGAUAAAACUGAUGUAGCGCCGGAAGGAUGUUCGGUUGUGUACCGAUGCAAGCUUUGUCAGGCACGUUUUGUAACGAAAAGUUCAUUGGCCACACAUCUGGAAACGCACGUGGCAGAGAUGAAACGUACGGCCAGUAAGCGACCGUACAACGAAACGAUCGAUAAUGAAGGGGCGGACGUAGCGGACAGUGUUGGCGAUGAUGACGAGUACAGCGGUGAAGAGGAUGAUGAGGAGGAUGAUGAGGCAACGGGCGGCGAGAAGCGACAGAAGCGCUCCAAAGGUCAAGAGGAUGAUGAUGAUGCGACGGAAGAGAUGCCAAUCGAUCCGGACGAGAUUUCGUUCAAUCCGGACACGGGCGAGCAAAUAUUUACGUGCCAGGUGUGCGGCAAGGUCAUUAACACGGUGUCCCAGUUUAGGCGGCAUAAGCGCGUCCAUUCGCCCAAGGGUAGACCGUUCGAGUGUCACAUCUGCUUCUAUCGUUUCGCAAUGAAGUACAGCUACACGGCACACAUGUUGCGACACGAGCUCGGCUGCAAUCCAACGCAGCCCACCACCUACCGUUGCACGAAAUGUUCGGAAACAUUCACCCGUCGGAAGUUGCUUAGUCAGCAUAUGGCGGCCAUGCACGGCCGUUGGUCGGGAGCACCGGGUAGUCCGAUGUACAGUCCGGGCUAUGGUGCGGGUAUGUCCAAUCAUGGCGGAAAUGUUUCGGCAAGGGCAGCGAUGGGACAGAUGGCUGGCAGCGGCGGCGGCAGUUCUUCUGGAAUAUCUAGGGGCGGUACGCACACCUGCCCGAUCUGUUCGGAAUCGUUCACUCGCGAAAGCGUACUGAAUGGUCACAUGAAAACGCACACGCUCGAGGCAGCCCAGAUGCAACAUUCGGAGGUGUGCUACCUAUGUCGGGUGUGCAGUAAAGAGUUUGAAUCUCGCGAACUUUACGAAGCCCAUGCAACUGAGGCCCAUCCCGGUACGAAGAUGGAUCUGGUCGAGUCGGGUGUUGCAUCGGAUGAGCCGGAUGAAAGUGCAGACCAAUCAAUGGACGCUGCUGGUUCGACUGCUGUCAAGGAGGAUGGAGGUGGUGUGGAUGAUUCAAUCAAAAAGCAAACACGCCCCAACAAGGCCGAAUUUGGAGAGGAUGAUGAGGCGACAGCAGAGGGUGAAGAGGAGGAUGACGAGGAUAACAAAAAUAGUUCCAACAAUGGUGGAUUCACCCUCAUCUUCAAAUGUAAACUGUGCUCGGGGCGAUUCCUGAAGAAAAAGUCUCUCGAUUGGCAUCUGCAAACACAUCGGUCGAUUGCGAAGCAGGGCGACGGUGUGGCGAUUCUUCCAGACAUUGGGCCGGACGUGAUAGCUGACCAGCCGAAGAUGAGCAAGUGCACAAUCUGCGGACAGAUAUUCGACAACGAGAUCCUCUUCCACGAGCAUAUGCGUUCGCACCAGCGUGGUCCCCGGCCGAUGCAUAUGGGAUACGUCUCUCAAUCGCCACCAACUCGUCGCAGACGCACAGGCGGCCGUAGCAUCAUCCAGUGUGAGUUGUGCAAGAAAACGUUCAUGUAUCGCAGUCAGCUGCAUCAGCACACGAUGUUGCACCAUCAACCGGGUAAACCGUACGAGUGCAAAGUGUGUCACUACAGCUUCGUACACAAACUGAACCUAAAACGCCACGAGCUAACGCAUCUGCGCGAGCCUCCACGACCUCAAAUGAAUGCCAUGGGAGGUUCAUCAAUGCUCGAUCAGGACCACGAUCAGGAUGAUCAGUUGGAUAAUUCUCAUCUAUUACAGCCGCUAGUGCUGAUGGAUGGACCUGAUGAUGAUGCGAAUGCAAGUGGCCGACAAACGAGUCAGACCGAUGGUGGUGAUGGCGGUAAUGUUGACCAGUUGACCGGCGCAGGAUCCGAAGGUACCGGUGGAAGUGGACGUAGUUGGACGCAGAAAAAAUUCAAAUGCGUCGUGUGCUCGCUAGUAUUUACCCGUCAGGACGAACUCGUUGUUCAUCUGCAGACGCAUAUCGAGCGCAUUAAUGAGGCCAAGAGUCGCACAGCUGCGGCAGCGUCAGCCACGGUGGAUACAGGAAUCGCGCCCACCGAUCGGCAAUGCAAGCUGUGCCACAAGGUGUUCAAGUUUAGUUGCCAGCUAAAGCAACACCAUCUGUUGCAUCAUGCACGGGAAAAACCGUUCGAAUGCCGUACCUGCCAUUAUCGGUUCGAGUUCAAGGGCCAUUUGGUGCGACACCGGGCCAAUCACCAUCCGAACGAAGCUAAGGAGGAUUCUGCGAUGGAUAUGACCGGUCCGUUCAUGUCGUCAACUCCGAUCCGUGGCCCGUCCGGGCGUGGUGGAAGCUAUGGGGAGGGUAGCAGUCAAAGUGUGCCAAAGUAUGGUGGCCUGGUAACGGACGAUGUGAUUAUUGCGCCGACAACCUCAUCCCCACGCUCGGAAAGUGGAUCGGCCGGUGUGCCAACGCACCAAUGUCCGAUGUGCUCGCUCAAGUUCAUUAAGGCACGGUCGCUGGCCAUGCACAUGCGCAUCCAUCUUGGUGGUCGUAAGUUGCGCCGUGUGAUACCGGCUUCUACGGCGGCAACAUCACCCCCGGCAGAAGCCCAGACCGGUGCAUCGGCUGGGUCCGACAAGCUGGUUUGUCGGAUCUGUGCCGGAACCUUCCCGACGGCACACGAGCUGAAGACGCACAUGAUGACGCACAUUGGAAGUGAAGCGAUGGAUUUGGAGGUUCCGUUCGGUAUCAGUGCAUUCAACAUGCUGCACGAGAACAUGUUUAAUGAUUCGAUGGGUGGAGGUGGGGAUGGUGGUGGAUCAUCUGGGAUGGGUGGUCCGAUGGGUCCGGAGGAUCAUAGCAGUAUGGGUGGCGAUGGUGGUGGUAACAAUAGCAGAACGGAAGGCGGUAGUACGGAUGGCGACUAUCAUCAGGACGAUGGUGAAGAUGGCAGUGGAGGCGAUCCAUUAUUCGACAGUUCGAACCUAGAGCUCGUGCUAGAGGAUAAUAUACUCGACAAAGAGUUUAGCAUGCGAUAUCAGCAGCAAAAGCGCCGAUCGACGAAACCUAGCCACAACAAUGGAGGAGACGGUGGUGGUGAAGAUGAUGGCGAUGAAGAGGACGACGACGAUGAGAACGAUGACGACAUUACGGACACGAACGAUGGUGAGGGUGGUGGUGCUUGUGAGGAGGAGGAGGACGACGACGACGACGAGGAGGAGGACGAAGGUGAACAGUCGUCUGCUUCGACGAUGGCCAGCUUCCAGCGUAAUAUGAAUCUGAUGGCGACGCACCGUUCGCGACUUGCACUGUCGGCCCGCCUGCAAGCCACACCAUCCGCGUCUUCCUCGCAAUCGUCGUCCUCCAACAGGGGCAAAAUAGUGUGCGAGCUGUGCAAGAAGGAGUUCCUCUACCCAUGCAAUCUCAACCAGCACAAGCAGCUGCACCAUUCGAAGGAGAAACCGCACGAGUGCCGCGUCUGCCAUUAUCGCUUCGAGUAUGUCGGCCAUCUGCAGCGCCACAUUCGGCAACAGCACGAAUCGAUGGCCGACGAACUGCUGACACCGGCGGAACCGCAAACGUACGAUUGUAACUUCUGCGGCGAUUCGUUCGACGCGAAGUCUCUGUUAACCACACACGUGCAAACAAUGCACAGAGGCGAGAAGCCGUUCCAGUGUGACAAGUGUCCGGCAACGUUUAGCUAUAAGAAAUCAUACGAAACUCACCGAGAAGAACAUUACUUGAAAGCCAGCAAUGGAGCCUUCAAGUGCAGUUUCUGCAAGAAAACUUUCAACAGCGCACAAAAGGUAGACAACCAUGUCUGCAUUCAAUAGUGACACCGGAAAAUAGAACACCACUAUACAAAGUAAUUAAUAUACUGAAGCAAUGCUAACAAUUUACG